GUGCAAAAUAAAUGCAGGUGGUCGUGAAGGCAGAUCCCUCUCAUGUUGGUCUCAAGUUUCUAAGGACAGGAGCAGAAGUAAAGAACCACAUUAGAGCUUUUGAAGAAGCACGUUUCUGCAGCUAUGGCCAAGUGCCGCACAGAUUGCAUAGAGAGACACCUGCUGAACUUUUUUGAGAGGAUCGGGCAUUUCAUCGGAUCCCAUCCCUGGUGGUUCCUGAUCACCCCCAUAGUUCUCUCUGCAGGUCUGGGGAGCGGGUUUCUCUUUCUCAGAGACAGGAUUUCCAACAACAUCGAAGAACAGUUCACACCUGUUGACGGACAAGCCAAGAAGGAGAGGAAAUACAUCCAAACAACUUUUCCAGAACGCGACUCUAUGUUUUCAAGCUUGAGGCAGAGCACAGACGGGAAUUAUGCAACUUUCAUAGCUACAAGCGACGGGAAUAUCCUGACAGUGGAGUCACUGCAGGAAAUCCUACAGUUGGACUUUAAAAUCAAGAGUAUGGUGGUGCAGUUUGACAACCAGUCACUUGAAUAUGUGGAUGUUUGUGCUGUCUGGAUGGGAUCCUGCACCCCUAAUUCUAUUCUAGAUAUCAUUGACUACACUGCCACCAAUAUAGAAGCUGCCAAUUUGACAUAUCCAUGGUAUCACUAUGAUUUUAGGAUUAUUCCUCUAUAUCUAAGUCUGGGGAGUGUGAAAUUGUACGAGGGUACUCCACUUGUUGAAAAUGCUCAAGCCAUUCAGCUUUUUUACUAUUUACGAGAGGAACACAAAUCAAAAACAGAUCUGUGGCUGCAAAGUUUCAUAAAUUUGGUUGCAAUUGAACCAACGACUUCUAUUCAGUUGUCAUACUUCACCUCGAUGUCAAGACAGUGGGAAUUUGACAGAUCUCCAUCUUCCGUCAUCUACCUAUUCUCCAUCACGUACACCAUCGUCAUCACCUUUUCAAUCCUAUCAUGUUGGAGGAUGGAUAAUGUGCGGACAAAAGUGUGGGUUGCAUUAUGUGGGGUGAUCUCCACUGGUCUGGCUGUGCUGAGUGGUUUUGGAACGCUGUUGUUGCUCGGACAACCUUUUGUGAUGACAGCAGCCUCCUGUCCUUUCCUGAUAUUAGGCAUUGGAAUUGAUGAUAUGUUCAUCAUGAUUUCCUGCUGGCAGAGGACCCGCGUUCAGGACAAUGUCCCCGACCGGCUGGCCAACACCUUCCGGGAGGCUGCCGUCUCCAUCACCAUCACCACGCUGACCGAUGCCCUGGCUCUUUUCCUGGGCUGCAUCUCUCCCUUUGGCUCGGUCCAGUCCUUCUGCCUCUAUGCUGGGACUUCUGUUUGUUUCUGCUAUUUGUACAACAUCACUUUCCUGGGGGCUUGUAUGGCUUUGAAUGGUCAGAGGGAGGGGGAGAACAAGCACUGGUUCACCUGUGCCAAUGUCCCAGAAGAUGUACCUGAAGGGAAUUCAAAAGCCUUCAAUAUCUGCUGUGCUGGAGGGAGCUACGAUCAAAACACUGACAUGGAGAAAAGUGAGGCCAUGAGCAACAUUUUUGAGAAAUUCUAUGGCCCAUUUCUAACCAACCCACUGACUAAAGCACAUGUAUAUGUCAUAUAUGUAGCCUAUCUGGCUAUUAGUAUCUAUGGCUGUUUUAACUUACAGGAGGGACUGGAUAUCAGGAAUCUGGCUUUGGAUGACUCCUACAUUAUUGAUUACUACAAUAAUGAAAGGCUGCAUUUCUCUGAAUAUUACUACAAUGCAAUGGUGGUAAUAAAACAACCCUUUGCAUACUGGGAUGAGGAAGAACAGAAGAUUUUGAACACAUGCAUUGCAAAUUUUGAAGGUUUGAACUAUGUCAAUAGUACAUUUGCUUGGUUUCUAUAUUAUCAACAGUUUGCAAACGCAAUCAAUCUCAACAUAAGCUCUCAAAAGGCUUUCCAAACAAAUCUGCCCCGUUUCUUACAAUUCAGCCCAAUCUUUGGAGAAGACAUCAACAUGACAGCAGACGGAGAGAUUCAGGCCUCUCGCUUUUUCAUUCAGACGCGAAACAGAAAUACAAAGGAAGACACUAUGACCGGCCUCAGGACAACAGCAGAGAAUUGCCCAAUAGAUCUCAUGGUCUACCACCCUGCUUUCAUCUACUUUGACCAGUACACUGUCAUCGUGGACAACACCACUCAAACCCUCCUGCUGGCUGUGGUUGUGAUGCUCAUCAUCUCACUCGUCCUGAUACCCAGUCCUAUAUGCUCACUUUGGGUGGCGUUUGCCAUUGGCUCCGUCAUCGUUGGCGUGACAGGAUUUAUGGCGCUGUGGGGCGUGAGCCUGGACUCCAUUUCCAUGAUCAACCUCAUCAUGAGCAUUGGGUUCUCUGUGGAUUUCUCAGCACAUAUUUCUUACUCCUUCGUCUCCAGUUCCAAGCGUGAUGCCAAUGAGAGAGCUACGGAUGCCUUGGCCCAAUUAGGGUAUCCUAUCCUCCAAGGAGCAGUGUCCACUGUUUUAGGAGUGUUGACUCUGUCCUUUUCUGGGAGUUACAUCUUCAGGACGUUCUUCAAAGUUAUGUUUCUUGUGAUUACAUUUGGGCUGAUCCAUGGCUUAGUGUUCAUCCCAGUAUUCCUGACACUGUUUGGAGCAUGUGAGUGUUGUUGAACUGAGGAAAUUCAAAUUCUUACAGUAAGAAAAGAUUCGACAGCAAUAUAAUUUCUGUACAUAUGAGGGUAAUAUUGUAAUUUCUUUGGGCUUCUUUUUAUUUAUUUCAGCUGCACAAACAUUCAUGUUGAGACACUUUCGUCCAUCAAGAGUAGAGAGCCAUUUGGAGCAGUGUGCACCGCGUAAAAGCUUUACCAUACAC